AUGGCGCAAGAGAAUUUAAAGGAUGUGAAUGUCAUUAUGACACAAAGUGUUAAGUCAUUAUACAUCCCAAUGACGAACAAAUCAAAGGAUGUGGAAAAGAAUCAAGAUAGUAGCCAAGCUGCCCAAGGAACGCGAGGUAGGCCCUUCCUUGCCACUGCUAAUGCUCUUAUUACUUGUAGGAAUGAGCUCAUAAAGUUGUCUUUUGGAAACAUGACUUUUGAGGUGAAUAUCUUCCAUAUUACAAAACAACCAGAAGAUGAUGACGAAGGCCACCAGACAUACAUGAUUGACUCACUUAUGGUUAGGGGAGUUUCUAUAGCCCAUUAUUUUGAUCCCUUUGAGUAUUUUAUUGUUAAUUCUAAGUUUGAUUCUAUUAGUAAUCCAUCUGCUAUAGUUGAUAUUUGUGCUAUUUUUUAUAGAACUCAAAAUUAUGGCACUCGGGCAUGGCAACCAAAGUUUGAGGAUUUUCCUGAGAAAGGUGAAAAACAAAUUCCUUCAAGUGUGGAAGCACACAAGGUUGAAUUGAAGCCUCUACCUAAGGGUUUAAAGCAUGCUUUCCUUAGUCUAGGUGAUACUUUUCCUGUUAUUAUCUCAUCUAAAUUGUCUGAGUCUCAAAGUGAGAAAUUAAUUCAGACCCUAAGUGAGUAUAAGUUAGCCUUAGGUUGGAGCAUUGCUGAUAUAAAAGGAGUUAGCCCCCUAGUUUGUUCUCAUGAAAUUAAUUUGGAGAAAAGAACCAACCCUCGUAAAGACCCCCAGCGUAGGGUUAAUCCCAUUAUGAAAGAAGUGGUGAAGAAUGAAGUGUUGAAACUAUUAGAUGCAGGAAUCAUAUAUCCUAUUGCUGAUAGUAAAUGGGUAAAUGCCCUAUUUGAGUGGACACAAGCUUGUCAAGAGGCCUCUAAAAUGCUAAUUGACAAGCUUACCUCAGCACCCAUAAUUCAACCACCUGAUUGGACUUUACCAUUUGAGAUAAUGUGUGAUGCUAGUGAUUUUGCUAUAGGUGCUUUUCUUGGACAGCGAAGGGAGUGGAAGUCUUUUGUCAUUUACUAUGCUAAAUUUGACAUCACCAUCAAAGACAAAAAAGGAGUGGAGAACGUAGUGGCUGACCAUCUAUCGAGGCUCACAUUUGAGGACAUCUUUGACCACCUACCAAUCUUGAAUGAUUUUCCUGAUGAGCAUUUAUUUUCUACUUCUUCUCUACCAUGGUUUGCUUAUAUUGUGAGUUAUUUGGUUGUAGGUGAGAUACCAGUGGAUUGGAAUGCUCAGGAUAAGAGGAAGUUCAUGACUGAGGCACGUAAUUUCUAUUGGGAAGACCCUUUUCUUUUCAAAUACUGCCCUGACCAAAUUUUAAGGUGUUGCAUCCUUGGUGAAGAGAUUGCUAGUGUCUUAGAAUUUUGUCAUUCCCAAGCUUGUGGGGUAGAUUAUGUGUCAAAAUGGGUAGAGACAAUAGCUUUCAGGAGCAAUGAUAAUAGGACGGUAAUUAAAUUUCUCAAAGAGAAUGUGUUAUCUCGAUUUGGUACACCGCGUAGUGACCGGGGUACACAAUUUUGCAACUGUUCUUUUGAGGUUUUGAUGAAAAAUUAUGGGGUGGUACAUAAGAUCUCUACUGCCUGUCACCUCAAGACAAGUGGAUAG